AGUCUGAGCAAGCAAAGCGUUCCCUGCCCUGCACCAGAAACACCCUGCCGUGUUUCCCCCCGACGACACCCUGGGGUGGAAAGACACCCUGGCCCUUGGCACCUCCCCAGCUCUGCUGCCGGUCUUAAGCUGCUCACCGCCGGGGAAAAGCAGGACCGCAGCCUGCUGCUGUUUGGCCCCUCACCAUUUUCUCAAGAGCCACAGAACUCGUUUGGCGAUCAUCUUGUCCUGCCAGACAAGCUAUUAUUUGUCCUUGAGGUGCAACUGCAAAUGAUUAGCAAGUGAGCUAACCUGCUGUUGGGAACUUUCCCAUCCAAACACUCAGGCAGUCAAGUCAGCCGAGAGAGCCUCGUCCACUUUCCCCCAUCUGGAGGGCAGCUGUCAUCGCCCCCAACCUGGGCAGCGGCCCAGCGGCUCCUCCCCACAGCCUGACCAGGCCAGCUUCCAAAGUUCACUUAUGUAACUCUAUCCCAAAGGGGCUGUUUACAGCAGCCAACGGACUUCCUCCUGCCCCGUUUUGCCCGGUAUCCAUCCUGGACAGGGCUGCACGCUCAUCACUUCAGACAACACGUUCGUGGAAUCGCUGCCGAGCGCACCAGGGCUUGCAAAGUGAGAGACGAUGUCCAAGAAAGUGGCCGUCGUGGGAGCCGGCGUGAGCGGCCUGGCCUCUGUCAAAUGCUGCCUGGACGAAGGGCUGGAGCCGACCUGCUUCGAGAGGAGCGACGACAUCGGCGGGGUGUGGCGGUUCACCGAUGUUGUGGAAGAGGGCAGAGCCAGCCUGUACAAAUCACUGAUCAGUAACACUUCCAAGGAGAUGUCGGGCUUUUCCGACUUUCCAUACCCAGAAGAUUUUCCAGUCUUUUUACACAAUUCCAAGGUACUGGAGUAUCUGAGGAUGUAUGUAAAACAUUUUGAUCUUCAGAAACAUAUUCAGUUCAAGACCACCGUGAUCAGCAUAAGGAAGUGUCCCGACUUCCCCACCACUGGCCAGUGGGAAGUUGUGGUCGAGACCAAUGGGAAGCAAGAGUGCGCCAUCUUUGAUGCUGUGAUGGUCUGCAUCGGUUACCUUACCGAUCCUUCCUUGCCGCUCAGCUCUUUCUCUGGUAUAGACAAGUUUAAAGGCCAGUGUUUUCACAGCCGGGAGUACAAGACCCCAGAGGUCUUCAGGGAUAAACGGGUGCUCGUGCUCGGCAUGGGGAACUCCGGAGUCGAUAUUGCCGUGGAAGCAACGCAGACGGCAAAAAAGGUGAUGAUCAGCACCGGCAGGGGAGCCUGGGUGCUGAGCCGCGUCUUUGACCACGGGUACCCGUGGGACAUGGUGUUCCUCACCCGCUUUAUGAACGUCGUCCGGAACAGCCUUCCCGGGCGCAUCACGACAUGGCUCAUUGCAAGCCGAGUGAACCAGUGGUUUAACCACGCAAACUAUGGCAUGGCUCCAAAAGACAGGGCCAUGCUAAGAGAGCCCGUGAUAAACGACGACCUGCCGGUGUGCAUCCUCACCGGGAAGAUCAGCAUCAGGCCCAGCGUGAGGGAGUUCGAGGAAAACUCGGUCACGUUUGCAGACACUCCUGGGGCAGAGCAGGUGGACGUGGUUGUCCUUGGGACCGGGUACAAAGCUUCGCUCCCCUUCCUAGACGAGUCGAUCGUCACGGUGGAAAAUAACUAUGCUCCGUUGUACAAAUACAUCUUCCCGCCUCAGCUGGAGAAACCGACGCUUGCCGUCAUCGGCUUCCUCCGGCCCUUCGGGGCGGUCAUGCCGGUUGUGGAGAUGCAGGCUCGCUGGGCCACACGCGUCUUCAAGGGCCUGUGCAAGUUGCCUCCUGCCGACGUGAUGGUGAAGGAAGCCCACGAAAAGAAGAAGAACCCCGUCAAGUGGUUUGGCUUCUCCUUCGAUGAGCCCCUCAAAACGGAUUGCUUGGUCUACGUGGAUGAGCUUGCCUCCGCGAUCGGCGUGAAGCCCAGUGUCCCGGCAGUCCUGCUGAAAGAUCCAGAACUGGGCAUGAAGAUUUUCUUUGGGCCGUGCUCCUCCUACCAGUUCCGUCUGUUUGGACCGGGAAAGUGGGACGGAGCCAGAAGCGCCAUCAUGAGCCAGUGGGAAAAAAUCAUAAAGCCAACAAGAACCCGAAUUGUAGACGAGUCUUCGGGCUUCCUUGCGUUUCUGCUGAAAAUGCUUGCGAUAUUUGCUGUUUUUCUUGGAAUUUUCCUCCAUUUCAUGUAGUUCUGUCAGAUCCACAGCAGUCUCCACCGUGAGCUUUUCCAUAGGAGGCCUUGACACGCACCUGCUGUUCCUUACUCACCGCUGUUUACGGGCUCUUUUGGCGACAUGGUGAUCCUCCAGUUUAAUUGCUCUUUCCAGAGCACAGCCCCUCAGGUUAUUCGAAUGGGGAAAAUGCUGUGUUAUUUCUGAAAGUUGUUUCUGCUUGUGCAUUUGUGUUAUUCCACUAUAGGACAUUGUCAUCUGGGGAUUACACACUGAAAACACAGGGAAGGAAAGCAGUUUUGGGCAGAGUGCAGUUCUCAGUUCCGCAACAAAACCAAAAAUAGAUACACAGACUAACAGACACAGAGAAAAACUUGGUAUCUUGCUGAACAGAUGUUUCAGAUUCUACCACACAGGAAGAGAAAGAAGAAAGGGUCCUCUUCACAAAAUUAUGUGCAUAGACAGAUUUUUUUCUUUUUGUCUCUAAGUUUCAAAAGAGAUGGAAGAGCAGGCAUUUGACACCAAUACCUGGGGAAACCGAUCUGCAACCCAUUUCUAAAUUUGAAAAUUGAUCGCAAAUCCAAACACCAGGUAUUAUAUUUGUCACUGUAAUUAAAAUAGGGGGUGGGGGGGGUUGGUUGGUUGGAGAGCCAGUGCAAGAGCUUCAGGGAGCAACUGCAGGGACAUGGGUUCAAGUCCCAGUUCAGUCUUGGCCCCACCUUCUGGCCUGAACAGAAAGAGGUCAGAGGCCAAAAGCGCUCUGCACAGGGGCCUUUUUUGGAAAAGAACAAAGCAGUUGUGCCUUAUUUUCGAAGCAGAAUCUGAUUGCUCUGUGGGGUUCAGUCCACCAGCUCUGAAAUGGAUUUAGUCUAAGCACCCACAAACUGAUACGAAUGUGCAGCACCAGGCACCCUGUGGCACCUUGGGUGUGCGCCAACCCCUCGAGGAGGGGGCUGCGGCGGCAGCAACUACGCUCUGCUUCCCUGGUCUGCCUUCCACAAACAGGUUUCAGCAGCGAAGCGCUUUGAUUUUACGGACUGAGACUCCACCGCGCUUCUUUGGGUGCCGCUUCCACCUGCAUUCAGAAGGCCUGAUGAAGACUUGUUAAUAAAGAUCCAUCUUUACUGGACUGGCACUGGUGUAAACUGGGCAUGGCUCGUUCAGAAUAAGAGAAAUACCUGUUGGAAAUGAACCAGAAAAAGCUGGAAGCUGCGCUAGUGAGUUUUAAAUCACUGUUUUAUUGUCUCUUACUAAAUUCCUUUUAUAAACAUCUUCUUUCAAGCCA